AGAGCUUCCUCCUCACUUCUUUUCAGCAGGGCAGUUCUGAGAAGGGAGGAGGUCCCCGCCUGGGUUCCCCAACUCCCUUCUCUUCACCAGCAUCAGGAAAGGACCAGCUCGGGCCAUGAGGCUGUCCCCGUGCCUGGCGUUCCUCUCUUUCCUUCCGGUUGCCCUGCAGCUCUUGGACACUAGGCAGUUUUUGAUAUACAAUGAAGAUCACAAGCGCUGUGUGGAAGCAUUAAGUCCCAGUUCAGUCCAAACUGCAGUUUGCAACCAGGACAAUGAGGCCCAGAAAUUCCGCUGGGUGUCUGAAUCUCAGAUUAUGAGUGUUGCCUUUAAAUUGUGCUUAGGGGUGCCCUCAAAAACCGACUGGGUUCCCGUCACUCUAUAUGCCUGUGACUCCAAGAGUGAAUUUCAGAAAUGGGAGUGCAGAAAUGACACGCUUUUGGGAAUCAAGGGAGAAGAUAUAUUUUUUAACUAUGGCAAUAGACAAGAAAAGAAUAUUAUGCUUUACAAGGGAUCCGGUUUAUGGAGCAGAUGGAAGGUUUAUGGAACCACAGAUGAUCUAUGCUCUCGAGGUUAUGAAGCCAUGUACACGCUCCUGGGCAACUCAAACGGGGCCACCUGUGCGUUUCCCUUCAAGUUUGAAAACAAGUGGUACGCGGAUUGCACGACGGCUGGGCGAUCGGAUGGCUGGCUCUGGUGUGGAACCACUACGGAUUAUGACACCGAUAAGCUAUUUGGAUAUUGUCCAUUGAAAUUUGAGGGCAUUGAGAGGUUAUGGAAUAAAGAUCCACUGACCAGCAUUUCCUACCAGAUCAAUUCCAAAUCUGCUUUAACGUGGCACCAGGCAAGGAAGAGCUGCCAACAACAAAAUGCUGAACUCUUGAGUAUCACCGAGAUCCACGAGCAAACGUACCUGACAGGAUUAACCAGUUCCUUGACCUCAGGACUGUGGAUUGGCCUGAACAGCCUGAGUUUCAACAGCGGAUGGCAGUGGAGUGGUGGCAGUCCAUUCCGAUAUUUGAACUGGCUACCAGGAAGUCCAUCAGCAGAACCCGGAAAAAGCUGUGUGUCACUAAAUCCCGGGAAGAAUGCUAAAUGGGAAAAUCUGCAGUGUGUUCAAAAACUAGGCUAUAUUUGUAAAAAGGGCAACACAACUUUGAAUUCUUUUGUUAUCCCCUCAGAAAGUGAUGUGCCUACCAGCUGUCCGAGUCAGUGGUGGCCAUAUGCAGGUCACUGUUACAAGAUUUACAGAGAAGAGAAGAAAAUCCAAAGAGAUGCCUUGACUGCAUGUAGGAAGGAAGGUGGUGACCUAGCAAGUAUCCACAGCAUUGAGGAAUUUGACUUCAUUAUCUCCCAGCUGGGCUACGAGCCAAAUGAUGAGUUAUGGAUUGGCUUAAAUGACAUCAAGAUUCAAAUGUACUUUGAAUGGAGUGAUGGCACCCCUGUAACUUUCACCAAGUGGCUUCCUGGAGAACCAAGCCAUGAAAAUAACAGGCAGGAAGAUUGUGCGGUGAUGAAAGGCAAAGAUGGGUACUGGGCGGAUAGGGCCUGUGAACGGCCUCUUGGCUACAUCUGCAAGAUGAAAUCACAAGCCCAAACUCCAGGAAGAGUGGAAGUGGAAACAGGCUGCCGGAAGGGCUGGAAAAGACAUGGUUUCUACUGCUAUUUGAUUGGACACACACUUUCGACGUUUGCAGAAGCAAACCAAACCUGUGAAAAUGAGAAGGCUUACCUCACAACUGUUGAAGACAGAUAUGAACAAGCCUUUCUGACUAGUUUGGUUGGAUUGAGGCCUGAAAGAUAUUUCUGGACAGGACUUUCAGAUGUACAGAACAAAGGGACCUUUCAAUGGACCAUUGCAGAAGGGGUUCAGUUCACCCACUGGAAUACAGAUAUGCCAGGACGGAAAGCAGGGUGUGUUGCCAUGAGGACUGGGGUUGCUGGGGGCUUAUGGGAUGUUUUGAGAUGUGAAGAAAAGAACAAAUUUGUGUGCAAACACUGGGCGGAAGGAGUAACUCGCCCACCGGAGCCCACAACAACCCCUGAACCCAAAUGCCCAGAGGACUGGGGCACUUCCAGUAAAACAAGCUUGUGUUUCAAGCUGUUUGCAAAAGGAAAACAUGAGAAGAAAACGUGGUUUGAGUCUCGAGAUUUUUGUAGAGCUUUGGGUGGAGAUCUUGCUAGCAUCAAUAAUAAAGAGGAACAGCAAGCAAUAUGGCGGCUAGUAACGGCUAGUGGAAGCUACCAUGAGCUGUUUUGGUUGGGAUUGACCUAUUCAAGUCCUUCUGAAGGUUUUACUUGGAGUGAUGGAUCUCCUGUUUCCUAUGAAAACUGGGCUUACGGCGAACCUAAUAAUUACCAGAAUGUUGAAUACUGUGGCGAGUUGAAAAGUGACGCUGGUAUGUCGUGGAAUGAUAUUAACUGCGAACAUCUUAACAACUGGAUUUGCCAGAUACGCAAAGGACAAACACCAAAGCCUGAGCCAACACCAGCUCCUCAAGACAAUCCACCGGUUACUGAAGAUGGGUGGGUUAUUUACAAAGACUAUCAGUAUUAUUUUAGCAAAGAGAAGGAAACCAUGGACAAGGCACGAGAAUUUUGCAAGAAGAAUUUUGGUGAUCUUGUUUCUAUCCAAAGUGAAAGUGAAAAGAAGUUUCUAUGGAAAUAUGUAAACAAGAAUGAUGCACAGCCAGCAUAUUUUAUUGGUUUACUGAUCAGCUUGGAUAAAAAAUUUAUUUGGAUGGAUGGCAGCAAGGUGGAUUAUGUGGCUUGGGCCGCAGGUGAACCCAAUUUUGCAAAUGAUGAUGAAAACUGUGUAACCAUGUAUACACAUUCAGGGUUUUGGAAUGACAUUAAUUGUGGUUAUCCAAAUGCCUUCAUUUGCCAGCGACACAACAGUAGCAUCAAUGCCACAGUUACCCCCACCAUACCCUCGGCCCCAGGAGGUUGUAAGGAAGGUUGGAAUUUUUACAAUGACAAGUGUUUCAAAAUCUUCGGAUUUGUUGAAGAAGAGAAAAAUUGGCAAGAGGCACGAAAAGCUUGCAUAGGAUUUGGAGGAAAUCUGGCGUCUAUACGCAAUGAAAAAGAACAAGCAUUUCUUACGUAUCACAUGAAGGACUCCACCUUUAACGCCUGGACUGGGCAUGAUGUCAAUUCAGAGCACACCUUCCUUUGGACGGAUGGACGAGGAGUUCAUUAUACAAACUGGGGGAAAGGUUAUCCUGGUGGGAGAAGGAGCAGUCUUUCUUAUGAAGAUGCCGACUGUGUUGUUAUUAUUGGAGGGAAAUCACGGGAUGCAGAAUGGAUGGAUGACAUCUGUGACAAUAAACGAGGUUAUAUAUGCCAGACUCUGCCUGACUCAUCCUUGCCUCGUUCUCCAACAACGAUUCCAACAGACGGCUUUAUUAAAUAUGGUGAAAGUAGCUAUUCUCUCACGAAAUUAAAGCUACAAUGGCACGAAGCUGCUGAUUAUUGCAAGCUUCACUCUUCCCUUAUUGCCAGCAUUCUAGACCCCUACAGUAAUGCAUUUGCAUGGAUGCAAAUGCAAGCACUUAGUGAGCCUGUGUGGAUCGCCCUGAACAGUAACUUGACAAAUAAUGAAUAUGUUUGGACCGAUAAAUGGAGGGUAAGGUACACAAAUUGGGCUGCCGAUGAGCCCAGACUGAAGACAGCAUGUGUUUAUAUGGAUCUUGACGGCUCCUGGAAGACAGCGAAUUGCAAUGAAAGUUUUUAUUUUUUCUGCAAAAAAUCAGAUGAAACCCCUGCCACUGAACCCCCACAACUGCCUGGUAGAUGCCCUGAGUCAGAGCACACAGCGUGGAUUCCCUUUCAUGGUCACUGCUACUACAUUGAGUCUUCAUAUACAAGGAACUGGGGCCAAGCUUCCCUGGAAUGUCUUCGAAUGGGUUCCUCUUUGGUUUCCAUUGAAAGUGCUGCUGAAUCAAGUUUCCUGUCAUAUCGAGUGGAGCCACUUCAAAGUAAAACCAAUUUUUGGAUAGGAUUGUACAGAAAUGUUGAAGGAAUGUGGCUGUGGGUUAACAACAACCCAGUCUCCUUUGUCAACUGGAACACAGGAGAUCCCUCUGGUGAAAGAAAUGAUUGUGUUGCUUUAUAUGCAUCUUCAGGGUUUUGGAAUAAUAUCCACUGUUCUUCCUACAAAGGAUAUAUUUGUAAAAGACCAAAAAUUGUUGAUGCUGAACCUACUCAUGCAUUAGUCACGACAAAAGCUGAUCCAAGGAAGAUGGUCACUUCCAAGCCCUCUUCCAACUCGGCCGGAGUCGUAGUCAUCGUUGUUCUCCUGAUCCUAACGGGUGCUGGCUUUGCUGCGUAUUUCUUUUACAAGAAAAGGCGUGUCCACUUACCACAAGAGGAAAAUUUUGAAAACACUCUCUAUUUUAACAGUGCCUCAACUCCAGGAGCUAGUGACACGAAAGAUCUCAUAGGCAACAUUGAACAGAACGAACAUGUGGUCAUCUAGCAUCAUGGUGUGAUUUAGGUAUAUUUGAAUUUCAUAAGAUGCUCACUGAGAUGUUAAGGGCUUUCAUUCAAUGUGAUUCUUUCUUUUAAACUUAGUACUGUGUUACACUGGUCUGUCCUUUUUCUUUGCCUAAUUGAAGAAAUAAUUGCUCCUUUUCUAGCCUGGCAAGAUAUUUUCACAAAAGAGGGAUAAGAGUAUUGACUAUUAUGUUAAAAAAUAUCUUAGGUGAAUAUACAGCAUUGAUGUCUAGCUGAUAUCAGAGGCAUACAGAUGAUAAGGCCAACCACCCUCAGCUUCCUGACAUUGUGUAAGGAGUACCCAAGAGAUGUAACCCACUGAAAGGUUAUUCAGUAAUGACAAGACCGUUUUAAAACUCAAAUACAAGUAACCUCAGGUGACACCAACACUUAGUCUUUUUUUGUGUCUUUUACCAAUCUUGAUUUUUUUACUCCAAUUGUCAUUUAGGAUUGUAUUUGUACAUGGCAGAGAGAAUAAGGCAGCCUCGAAUCUUGUUUGCCCCAGGCAGGAUUUUCCAGGCUGAAUAUUGCAGAUGUGUCCUUUGUCCUGUUUUAUGUAUAUCGGAAAUGCAAAGAUGUGAAAUAAAAAUGUAAAUUUGCGUAACUGGAUGUACUUAGAUAAUGUGAAAUAAACAUCAAAGACAAGGUCUAUUUUUAA